GAGGGAGAGGAAUAGUACAGCAGAAGAAUAAUGGCGUUCAUAGAACGGAGUGUGCCGUGCGAUGGGAAGAGGAUGAUGAGUCUGGAGGAGUUCAAGCAGUGGCUCCUGAGUUUUGAUUCCGACAGCGAUGGCAGAAUCAACCAUUCUGAGCUGAGAGAGGCCGUACGACUCAGCGGAGGGCUUUUUGCUUCCUGGAAGAGCGAAAGAGGCAUCAAAUCUGCAGACACGAAUCACAAUGGUUUCAUUGACGACAACGAAUUCAGAAAUCUUGCCCACUUUGCUGACAAGUACUUGAACAUCAGAAUCACUGGCUUCUGAAUCUUCUUUUCUGCUUUCCAUGCAUGUUUUUGGGUCAUCUAUCCUAGUCAUAAAUCUUAGUUGGAAAUAAAUCCGGAGCAUCAGUCGCCAGAGGCUUCUUAUCUUAUUAAUGAAAAUUGCAAAGAAUUAUCUUUAAAUUCCGCUUAAGUUGUCAUUUUGUUCUACUAAGUUGUACGUCAAUGGAGCUUGUGAUAUUUAAUUGCAUUAAAUUGUUAUUUUACUCUAGUAAGUUGU